AUUGAGAAUCAAGUGUGCUUGUUGAGACCGGAGUUGGCUAAUUAUCUUGAGGAGUGAUCAAGUUUGAGAAGCUGAUUGUCCUUGAUCCUGUCGACGAAUGGUCUUAUCACCCUGAAACAGCCAAACCAGAACAACAACAACAACAACAACAACACAAUCAGGAUCCCCCCCUCGGCCUUCAGAGACUCACAAAUAGAUACGAGCUGCACUGAUCACCGGCCAAACUGCGACUGCUGCUGGUUGAUGAAGAAGAUCGAGAACAGUCAGAUCAUCAAGAGGAAGACCCCAAGAACUCGAUGAGAGAUUAAUCAAACCUCAACAAACCACACUCUUCACUCUCACUUCAUCCUGCACAAACCAACCACUGCCAAGCGAUGUUACUCCUCCACCUGAUCUCGUUCCUCGUCGGCCUACUGGCCAUCGCCUUUGUCACCCUCUGUCUUGCCAGUGGCUUGCUCUAUCUCGCCGAGAUCAUCGAAGAAAACACUCAGACUGCCAAGCGCUUCGGCAAACAGCUCAUCCAGCUUAUCAUCAUCCUCCAUCUGGCCUUCUAUCUCUCCGAUGGCCUACCCCUCUCACUCACCCUGCUCGGCAUCCUCUCCCACUCGGUCUAUCUCUCCAACUUCUCCCGCGCCUGGCCCUCCAUCUCACUCACCUCGCCCUCCUUCAUCUCCAGCUGCUGUCUCGUCAUCAUCGACCAUUUCGCCUGGUUCUUCUACUUCGCCGAUCGCGUCUCUCACCACCAUCAUCGCCCCUCCCCCCAGUCUUGGUUCUCCUCCAAUCCUACUAGACUGCCUGACCAAUUAACUUUUAUCGAUAUCACUACCUUCUUUGCUCUAUGUGUCUGGAUGGUCCCCUUCUUCCUAUUCCUAAGUCUCAGCGCCAGCGAUAACGUGUUGCCUAAUUGCAUCGAUCUUUCGAUGAGCCAGCCGAUGAUUUCCGCCCAGCCACCAACACCGACCUCAUCGAAGGAGGCACAAGACUUGGUGUACGAUGCGAGUGACCUGCAUCCGACAGGGCCGAUCCAACUAAGCACUCCCCGACCGCCAUCGAUGCUGAAGGGGAUGAUCCAGAACUGCAUGAAGACGAUCCCACGGGUGGUGAGCAAUGCGGGAGGAGGCGGAGGCGGACGGACGAGCUCGCGGCCGAACGAAGGACUCCUCGGAAGCCCAAACCCCCACCAAUCCUGUCCCUCCUCGCCGGCCUUCAACCAUUCUCCCCACUCGCCCGUCGUCCUGCUCGGCUCCAAUUCUCCCCCCUCAUCUCCGAUCGGCGCCUCGGCCAUCGCCAGAAGACUCUCGCCCUGUCGCUCGGCUACUGGUAGUACGACCUCCCCUCGACGCGCCUUCUCCAACCAUUUCAACGACCAUCUCCCCUUCGCUCCUCCUCCUCCUCACUCGAAUUCGAAUCCUGCUUUAACUCAUCUCAUCUCCCCUCGUCAUGUCUCCUCCGGGCCGGCCUUUCAUCUCUCCAAAUCUCUCGCAAUCAACCAUUCUACUCAUCAUGACGAUGAGGUGCAGGAUCGUUAUGCGUCUUCUACGAUGCCCUUCGAUCAUAUCUUGCCUUCCGUCUCUCCUACUCCUCAUUCAUUCCAUUGAUCUUCUUAUCAAUCAUCAGAAUCAAAAAUCAAUGAAUGAAGCUCAUUUCUUCUUUCGGAAAGCAUUCUUCUUCUCUUUUUUUUCACCCUUCCCCUCACUCCCUCUUACACCUUACAGUCCUUUUGUUUUUUUUUAUGUGAGAUAUGCAUAUACGUAUAUAUACAUUAUCCAUACUGUAAUGUAAUAAUUCUUCAUAUAAAUCAGUAAAUAAAUAGAUAAAUACAUCCUUAAGGACAUUGCUUUGGUCUGGAGACUCUUCUUUUUGUUUAGUUUUUUUUUUAGGUUUUGUUUUUUGUUUUGUUAAUUAGGUUAGAGGGGGUUUUUUUGGGGGGGGAGGGGUCCAAUUGAUGAACAACAGUAAAGUGAAAACAAAAGACUGAUGCAUUUGUAUAGACCAAUGGCUCAUAUAUAUAGCUGGGUACAUACACAUGAGAUGUUCUGUCCUUUUCUUUCUUUCUGGGUUGUUUGUUUGUUUGUUUGCGGCCACCAAAACCUC